GAUGAGCCAAGCCCGACCUCGCUAUGUCGUCGACCGGGCUGCGUAUUCUGUCAACUUCUUUGAUGAAGAGUUUGAGAAGAAAAAGAGAAGUUACCCGCUGGGGGAAAAAGUCAAGAACCUUUUCAGAUGUUCAUCAUCCAGGUUCAAAGUCAUCAUCUACAGUCUGUUUCCAAUACUCGUUUGGCUCCCCAAAUAUAAAAUUAAAGACUACAUUGUGCCCGAUAUCCUCGGGGGAAUCAGUGCGGGGACAAUACAAGUGCCACAAGGGAUGGCCUUUGCGCUGCUUGCCAAUCUGCCUCCCAUCAAUGGACUCUACUCCUCCUUCUUCCCUUUGAUACCCUACUUCAUCCUAGGUGGCAUCCACCAGAUGGUCCCAGGCACCUUUGCUGUCAUCAGCAUUAUCGUUGGGAGCGUCUGCCAUGAUCUGGCUCCUGAAUCCGAUUUCCAGUACUUUAACCAUACCACCAAUGAGAUAAACAUCAACAACACAGCCAUGGAGGCAGCCAGAUUGGAGAUCUCCGCCACAUUAGCUUGUCUGACAGCCAUCAUACAAAUCUGUCUGGGAUUCGUGCAGUUUGGCUUCGUUGCCAUCUACCUCUCGGAAUCCUUCAUCCGGGGCUUCAUGACUGCAGCAGGGCUCCAGAUCCUCAUCUCGGUGCUCAAAUAUGUCUUUGGCUUGACGAUCCCGGCCUACACUGGGCCCUUGGCCAUUGUCUAUACAUUUAUUGAUAUUUGCAAAAAUCUCCCCAAGACCAACGUGGCCUCCUUGAUCUUCGCCCUGAUCAGCACUGUGCUCCUGAUUAUUGUGAAAGAGCUCAACAUGAAAUACAUGAAGAAGAUCCGGGUGCCCAUCCCCAUGGAGAUUGUCAUAGUCAUAGUAGCUACCGCGGUCUCCGGCUGCUUGAACAUGCCUGAGAAAUACAACAUGCCAAUCGUUGGGAAGAUUAAGAUGGGCUUCCCAGUCCCCACACUCCCACUGGUGAGCAAGUGGAAAGAUAUGGUUGGCACAGCUUUUUCACUUGCCAUUGUGGGCUACGUGAUCAACCUGGCCAUGGGACGAACCCUAGGAACCAAACAUGGCUAUGACGUAGACCCCAACCAGGAAAUGCUUGCCCUGGGCUGCAGUAACUUCUUCGGAUCCUUUUUCAAAAUCCAUGUGAUCUGCUGUGCUCUGUCUGUAACCCUAGCUGUGGACGGGGCUGGAGGAAAAUCUCAGAUGGCAAGUUUCUUUGUAGCGCUGGUGGUUAUGAUAACCAUGCUGGCUUUGGGAAUCUACCUCGACCCCCUUCCAAAGGCUGUGCUGGGAGCCCUGAUAGCAGUGAACCUGAAAAACUCCCUCAAGCAGCUGGCUGAUCCCUUCUACCUGUGGAAGAAAAGCAAGCUGGAUUGUUUGGUCUGGGUGGUGAGUUUCCUGUCGGCUUUCUUCUUGGGCCUGCCGUUCGGACUCGCUGUCGGAGUGGGAUUUUCUGUGUUGGUGGUGGUUUUCCACACUCAGUUUCGUAACGGCUCUGCCCUGGGUCAGGUAACUUCCACCGACAUUUACAAGAACCCCAAAACCUACAAUAAGGUCCAGGAACUUGAUGGGAUUAAAAUUGUGACCUACUGCUCCCCAUUGUACUUUGCCAACUCAGAGAUAUUCAGGGAGAAGGUUAUAGCGAAGACUGGGGUAGACCCCAGCAAAGUGUACUUAGCCAGGAAAAAAUACGUGAAACACCAGGAGAAGAAGGCGGCAUCACAAAAAACAACGAAGCUGCAAAAAUUGUUCUUCGGGAACAAGAAGACCUUGUCAGUGCAAGAGCUCCAGAAAGAUUUUGAAAGCACCUCUCCGACGGACACCAACAAUAAUCAAACGCCUGCCAACGGCACCAGCAUCUCCUACAUCACGUUCCACCCCCCCGCAAACAAUGCCGGGCAGGUCAAUACCUCAAGUGAACAGGGCAGCAUCUCGAGCCAUCGGGGCAGCACUUGCAGUGUUAUCCCAGCUGCCAACGUUGACCUGAUGAUCACAGCACCGCCCUAUGUCAGCUUCCACACCAUUAUCCUGGACAUGAGUGGAGUGUGCUUCGUGGAUCUGAUGGGCACAAAAGCUCUGGGGAAGCUGUGUUCCAGCUACCAGAAGAUUGGGAUUAAAGUCUUCCUGGCAAACGUGCAUGCCCAGGUGUACCAUGAUAUUAGCACAGGCGGAGUCUUCGAAGAAGGGGGCCUAGACCCAAGUCACAUCUUCUUGACCAUCCAUGAUGCUGUUCUGUUUGCAAUGGCAAAUGCCAAAGGAGUCUUCCGUCCUCCUGGUUUAGAAGAGAGACCAAGUCAGACGGAGCUCUCCAUCUAUGAUGAAUCUGUGGAUGAAAGCAGUUCAGAAUUCAAGAACUUGGAGGAGGAGAUGUUUGGAACCAUGUUCCGUUCGGAGGCCCAGACAGCGCUGUGAGUGUCUGGGGGAAUGUUAAAGUGCCGGCAAAGCCUCCGGAACUGACUAUUCUCACAUAUUCCUUUAUGAAGAUGCUUCCCCUGUCUGAGUGGUGCGCAGAGCAGCCUUUCUGUGCUUCCAACCUGGGGUAGCAGUGAGUUUGCGAGGCAAGGGGCAGUCACACCUCUCCUCCUGACAUCCUCUCUUCUCCUUCCCUCUGUGUGUGGAAUUCAGAGCAACAGACUCUUGGAGCAGGUAGCAGAACACAACAGAAGCAGGAACUCAGGAAAUAACUUUCAUCUAGGUGUAGAAGAGCAGCAACUUCAUUUAAUGGCAAGUGCCUCCAGGCAGAAGGAUUAUUAAUAUUCGUCAUCGUUGUCAACCCUAUCUCUGUCUCUCCUCCUCCAGAACCCACUCACAUACCCAGUCAUAUGGAUUGCAUAACCUAGGCAUCACCUUUAUUUUCCUUCCUUUUUCCAAUGAGGUGAAAUAUAAGGAAAUUUACAAGCCUUUCCUGGCUUUAAUUCACAACCACAAAUAACCCUCUCAAGAUGCAGUGACGCAGGUUUGCAUGGUGAUAAUAUUUUAAAAUGUGCACUGACUUUUUGGGAAUCUGCACACUGUGAAUUUCUUGGGGUUGCCGCCCAAAACCACCUCUGUAUUCUCUAUUACCCUAAAGGCCCCCCUGCGCUGUCCUGUCUAUUACAGGUACGAUUUACUGAGCCAGUGCUCUAUUUUUGUUACCCUAAAAUCCUUGGUACCACUGCAUGGGAGUAAUGCUGCAUUCUGUAUUACAUGCUCAGACUAUUUUUGGGUAUCAGGCACCCUUAGUUCACAUGACCAAGAGCUCCUACCAGCUCUAGUGGGUGUUAUAUGCACACACUGGCCUUCCCAAUAGUUUGGGUAGUUAAAACAGGGCCGCCCAGAGGAUUCAGGGGGUCUGGGGCAAAGCAAUUUUGGGGGCCCCUUCCAUAAAAAAAAAGUUGCAAUACUAUAGAAUACUAUAUUCUCGUGGGGGCCCCUGCGGGGCCCGGGGCAAAUUGGCCCACUUCCACACACACACACACACACCCCCGGGGCGGCCCUGAGUUAAAAUAAAGCUUAUUCAAAAUACCGGCAGAAUUAGGGCCUGAUUCAAAGCCCAUUGAAGUCAAGGAGAAUCUUGCCUUUUACUUUAACAGGAUUUGGGUCAGGCCUUUAGUCUGGGAAUAUCACGAGAGCAGCUAUUCCUGUGGUAUUUUGAUGCUUCCUUUUCCUAUUCUCAGUAUCUGGACAUUACUAAAAAGUUCAGUUUAGAUUCAGCUCUAGAAAUAGGUAAGUGUUUCAGGGUGAGUGGGUUAUCCUAACCAGUUUGCCCAUCCCUAGCAAAUUCAGGGACAGCUCAGUGCAUACAUCCAAUGCUUUUUGAUGAUGCUAUAACUCAGGAGAAGUAUAAUUAAAGUUUGAGCAUAUUUUGGGUAUGCCAGGAGUCAGCAGCUCUUGUGAUACCCAGCACUAACCUCUCCAAACUUGGAGCUUCAAGGUGAAGAGAUUUUAGGUAAUCACCUAAGUGACAAGAGAAAGCUCAUCUGCUGGGUCUGCUAUGGUGUCUGGUCCCUCAUGCGCUAUAUGAAUUUGAAUAAAAAUCACCACAAACUGAUGCUACCAGGACAAUCUACCUCUCGGGCAAACAAGCCUGACUCGAUAACCCAUAGACAGAUGAGAUCUUUUUAAAUUUUUUUUAAAUCCUAAUACUUUUAUAUAUAAAAGUGUGAGUGAUGCUAAUAACUAUUGCUAUUUUAGUUUUCUGUUAUAGUUCCUUCCUUUCAUCCCCAUAUUGAUUCUCUGAAGCUUAUGACUAGAGGAAAUGCAUUUAAAGUAUAUGUAAAUGCUGAAAAAUACAGUAUGUUGAGGAUUAAAGGGACACUUAUUAAUACAUUUAGGCCUCAAAUUCAGGUUUUGUGAAAAACAAUUCUCCAAAAAUUAAGAUUAGCAGAAUUUUGUCUAUGAUAUUUUUAAAGUUCUGAUGAAAACAGUUUUUUGUCGGGAUUUUAAACGUGGUGUUUCCAGCCUUGGGAUAAAGCAUAAGGGCCAGAAAAUGAAACUGCUUAGAAGCAAAUGUGAAACUGACUAGUCUGUUUUUUGGGAAUGCAAAAAUAAAUAAUGGCCUUAAUAAAUAUAAAGAAAAUUUGCUUUUAAAAAGUUAUUUCUGUUCUAAUAACCUAAGAUGUUAAUAACACUUUUGUGUUUUACUAUAUGGUUUUAAAUCUGUUUAAUUCAUAAAACAGUCUUAAACCACCCUGAUAAAAGGGUCUUUGAGAUAACAUUAUCAGGGAAAGAAAAUGCAGCUGUACUGUGGCUCCCAGAUAAAUGAUGCCCCACUUGCAAUGAAAAUAGAGCUGCAUGACUCAUCCAGGCUAUGCAAACAUUCCAUGUUAUAACAUCAGAGCUGCCUGGGUUUUGUGUGGCACCUCAUUAAUUAAGUCACCACUGCUUUACCUCAGUCUCUGAUUACAUGGUGCAGGAGAAAAUUAUUAAACAAACAGAAGUACAGUUUUCUUUCGAUGGGAGAAGAACAACACACUAAAAAAAGGUUACUGCUCAUUCUGACCUUAGUGAGACAAUCAUAAUUUUGCUGGGACUGUCAUGUCCUACAAGCUAAGAUCAGAACAUUAAUUCUUUCAAAUUAUCCUUGAGGCUAAUGCACCAUAAUUAAUUACUCUUGGUCUACUUCUCUGCUGCAUGAACAUUCCUCCUUCUUGCUGUUUUGAAUAAACCAACAGCUUGGUGCAAUGGAAUAAGGGACUUUUUCAUUAUGAGAAAAGCUCUGUGGUGACCUCACUUUGAAUUAGUGAUAUUCCUAAUUGUAAUUCAGGAAUCAGAGUGUGUCUGCUAAAGAUUCAGUUCACAGUCCCGGUAGCCAAAGUAUCAGUUCAAAUACAGGAAACCUCAGAGCGACAGAUCCCUGUGCAAAGGAUGUAUUGUUUCCUUUGCAGUUCCCAGCAGCAUGAUGGAUGGGAUGUCACGAAUGAUGCCAUGAAAGUAGUGGCAAUAAUUACAUACUCUGCCACCUUGAAGUCUCGAGUAGAGGGAUACUUGGUUUCUGUAGCCCAGUGCCAAUUCUGGUGACAAAUGCAGCCCUCGGCAGCUGACUGAUGGUAUUUUUGAAAGCAUAACUCCUGUCACCAUUUUGCUACUGAGUAGCACAAAUGUUUUAGAUGUAGAACCCUGACAAGCCUAUGGGUCCCCGAACAUUAGUUUCAAAGGCAACAUUCACCAAUCUGAACAAAACAGAAUGACAAGUUAGCAUGACUUGCAUUUCUCUUUCAAAGGUUCUAUGUGGCCAGCUCAGAAAGCUUCAUUUCCAGGGUAUCUUGACCAGGGAACUAGAGAAACUCAGAAAGAGAGUCCAUUGGGGUGGAAAAUUCUAAACUUCCAAUGACCUUUUAUGUCUCUGAAAGUCUAGUGAUAUUAAUAUGUAAUUACUUUGAAGCCUUAUUUGAUACUUGCAUGAUGCAUAACCAGCUCAAAAUGUUUGUGUAAUUUAUUUAAUUUAAUAUUGGUUUGGUUCUUCUUUUUUUGA